AUGAUUCGGUUUGUACGGCGACCUCUUCCUGUCCUAGUAAUUCUUUCCCUAAUAAAUCCGAACAUCCUGAAGUUGCUACUGAGUACAGUUCUCAGUUCAUCACGAACGGUAUGUAGGGUAAUGGAAAUGGUGUCGAGCUCGAUGAAAGAAUCUCAUAUUGCUAUUGUACAAGUUGUGGAGGAGAACAUCUACAGACCAGCUUAUGGACAUGCUAUAAUGAGUGUCGCUUGCUAUGCUAAAGCUCAACGCUAUGAUCACUUCAUUUUGGUGGACCAGAUGUUUUUUGCUAAGUGCCUCCAUAAGAAUAGAUUCUUUCUUCAACAUUGUAUCGUUGCGUAUGUACUGAGAAACUACGAUUACGUGCUGUUUUUAGAUACCAAUAUCGGUGUCGUCAACCCAAAAAGACGAAUAGAAGAGUAUGUAGAUGAAAAUGUAGACUUGAUAUUCGCUGAGCGAGCUGAAAACUGGGAAUUUGUGACAGAAACAUAUCUCGUGAAAAACUCAAAGCGGGCACUCAAUUUUCUGAACGGUCUGGCCGACUAUGAAUCCCGUGUGCCGAAGAGACUCCGUGGCAAACACAGCGCCAUCAUUCAUGCUACAGCAUGGACUCGUGAAAGCUGGACGACGAAUAGUAAAUGGAGCAAAGACCGUGACUUUAUGUUGAGUUACGGUAAUGAAUCCGAUAUGAUACCGUAUCUCAGCGUUCCAGUACCUUUGAUGUCAACAAAAAAAGCAACGUGGUACAAUCCUCUGGAAGGCUCCAUAGAUAUCAUGCAAUGUAAGAGCGGGGGCAAUAAUCGUGUUGGUAAGAAUACACCCUCGCCAACAAUCAGUAAGCUUGGCUCUGGCCACUACUUUCUUACCAGGGGUUACGUCUUCGGUCUACUGGUACGAGCUUGUGUAGAAGAAACCAGUGAACUGAAGAUGCUAAUCCCGUGCUGCGUCCUACAGAAUUUUGGCCGCUGGUUUUCUGGCUCAAUUUGCUGGGCAAUAUUGGAGAACGGUCUACGUAUCGAUCAUCUUCAGUUACCCUACUUAUACCUGCUACUUCUCGAGACGCUGAUGCAAUAUUGUAAGGGCAGCAAACAUCCUAAGUAUUUCUGA